AUCAAAUCAACUUCCAAAAUUACAUAAAUUAUCUCAAUAAACUUAAUCUUGUAGUUAUUCAAGAGAACAAGCAAAAUCUCAUUUUUAUUAAAUGGACCAGAAGAAAUUACUUGAUUCGUGAUUGGACAAAUUAUUUAGGUUUUCCUAAUCAAUAUAUUCCACUUCAUAUUGCAGAACCAAUAGCUUUAGUUAUUGUGCCAUAUGGUUUUACAAGUGGAUAUUUUGAAACUGUUGGAGCGGAAAAAAGAUCUGAAACUGUCUUGAGCGAUAUUGGUUCACUUGGAGGUGCAAUUAGCAUACUGUUAGGAAUUUAUGCUAUUUUAUUUGGCAGGCCACUCUUGGACCCAUGGGGAAUCUUUCAACAAUGUUGUUACAAGUACAAAUCAAGAUCAAGAAGAAAGCUUUUGAAAAACUUACCA